AUGUUCCGAGCAGGUCUUCAUAUUACGACUUCCACGCCGGCAUACAUCUACACCAUUAGCCGGAGAAACAAUACCAAGCAAUUCUAUACCUCAACACGAACCGUUUCGAAAGCUUCUGGAGUAUCACCCGACAUCGUGUCUUCAUCUGGCCUCUCCAUUCGUGGGGUCCAAGCUACUCAGUCCCCCUCCCAUGAGAAGAGAGCUCUCGACACCGCUGCUAUCGCCAAAAAGUACUUUGGCAACGACGCUCCUUGGUAUCAGGACCGCAUCGCCUACUUCGAAUGUAGCGAUACUCAGAUUCAGGAUGUCUUCUACUACCGCCAGAAAAUCUUCAGAGCUCAUCAACGCGAUCUUGGAGCCAAAGGCUUCAUCUCGACGGAAUUCUUGGAUGAUGUAGGUUGGCAACUACAGCCUUACGCCAGUUUGAACGAUGCUACUGGUUUCCACAUCGGAGAAGGUAGAUGGAACAGAGAUCGCCGUUUCAAGGAUGAUUACAUCAACUACAUGCUCGGCGGUGGUGACGACCGACACUUCACCGACUACAUCCAGGACUCUGUCUGGGGAAGUUACCUUGUUGAUAACGAUGUUCCCAGUGCAACCAAAUGGAUCGAACAGAUGAAGACUCUGUACAAUCAAUGGAGCGACCACUUUGACACCAGCAAGGGGCUGUACUACAUCGAACCAUUGUUGGACGCCACGGAAUAUACCAUCUCAUCCAUUGACGCUUCCGGCGGCCAAGAUGGUUUCACUGGUGGUGAUGCCUUCCGCCCAAGUAUCAACAGCUACAUGUAUGCCAAUGGAAGAGCUAUCGCUAAGAUUGCCGCUCUUGCUGGCCAAAACGAUGUCGCCACUGACUACAACAACCGCGCCACCACCCUCAAGAACAACGUUCAGAAGAGUCUGUGGAACUCGACCUUGAGUCACUUUAUUGAUCGCUACCAAGUCAGCAACAACUAUGUCAAAUACUGGGACCCCAUUCGUGGUCGCGAGCUUGUUGGCAUUGUACCCUGGACCUUCAACCUUCCUGAUAACUCUACUGAGUACGCUUCGUCGUGGAAGCACAUCUUGAACGCCAAUGAGCUUGGAGGACCGUACGGAUUGAGAACUGUUGAGCCUUCAUACCAAUACUACAUGAGACAAUACCGCUACGAAGGCACACAACGUGAGUGUCAGUGGAAUGGACCUGUAUGGCCCUUCCAGACAACUCAGGCAUUGUUGGCCAUGUCAAACCUGUUGGACCACUACCAGCAGAACGUCGUCACCAAUGCCGACUAUUUGAGAUUGCUGAAGCAGUACGCAGCUCUGCACUACCAGAGCUCCAGCACUCUCAACCUUCAAGAAGACUACGAUCCUGCCACCGGAAAAGCAAUUGUCGGCCUCGCAAGAAGCCCUCACUACUUCCAUUCUGGCUACAUUGAUCUCAUCAUGACUGGACUUGUCGGCAUCCGACCCAGAGCAGACGACUUCCUUGAAAUCAACCCCUUGAUCACAAGCGAUAUCAAGUACUUCCGCGCCGAACAAGUGCCCUACCAUGGUACCAACAUCGUCGUUCAGUGGGAUGCAGACGGUAGCCGCUACGGUCAAGGCGCUGGUCUCCGCGUCGAGCGUGACAAUGUUGUCAUUGCUACUUCCUCAACCCUCAAGCGCUUGGUCAUCCCCUUCCAAAAGAAAGCAAUCAUUGCUAUCAACCGCCCCAUCGCCAAGUCCGUCCAACUACAAAGCUCUACCAGCUAUCCUGUAGGUUCUGCUUCCUCCGGCACAGACGUGGAGAAUGUACACGAUGCUAUCGACGGCCGCAUCUGGUUCUUCUCCGAACUCGUCAAUGGAUGGAACUCGGAUGUCAACUCUGCCACUGCUCAGUGGUACACCGUCACCUUCCAAUCCGCCACCCAGAUCUCGCGCGCAGAGAUUGCAUGGUUUGACAAUGGCAAUGACUUUGUUGCCCCUACUGCAUACUCGAUCCAAGUCCUGAGCAAUGGCAACUGGGUUGACAUUGGUGGUCAACAAAAGAGCGCUGUCGUGGCUAAUGGUAUCACCAAUGUGCAGUUCACUUCUACCAGUGUUACCCAGGUACGACUUGCCAUGACCCAGCCUUCUGGCAAGAGAACUAGACUUGUGGAAGUCAAGUACUUCUAGAUCAGGAUGGG